CAAAUUAAUUUGAACCAAUGCAAUUUGUUUUGGCUAUAAAAGUGUGGAGUUCGGCUAGAAUGGGCAUCAGUUCUUAUCCGCGAUCAAUCAAAGCAACACUUGACCAAAGUUUGAACACGAUGAAAUUCUUCGUAGCUUCGUGUGUACUCCUUGCUGUGGCUAGCGCACAGUGGGCUCCUAAAACUGGCAAAGAAGUCGCUCAGAUUCGCGAGGAUUGCGUCAAGGAGGAGAACGUCCCAGAAAGCCUGGCAGAAGGCCUUAAGAAAUUCGAGUAUCCUGACGAAGAACCAAUUCGUUGCUACGUCAAGUGUGUCAGCGCAAAACUGGGGGUGUGGAAUGACGAAACUGGUUUCGACGCUGAUCGUGUCGCCGAUCAAGUGAAGCAAGAUCGCAAUAAGGACGACAUCAAGGCUGAAGUUGAGAAAUGCAUUGACAAGAACGAGCAAAACUCAGAUAAAUGCACCUGGGCCUAUCGCAACCUUAAGUGUGUUAUGGAUAAGAAGUUGCUGCAAGUUGAGUCACUUAUUGCCAACUAAGUGGACCAAUAUUAUUUCCCAUUUUUUUUUUUAACUUGUUGAAUUUAUAUCAUUACAAUCUAAAAUAUAAUAAAUGUAAUAAAGACUU